CGCCGGACGCCCAUGGAUGCCCCUGAGGAGCCGCUGCCGCCGGUGGUCUACACCAUGGAGAACAAGCCCAUCGUCACCUGUGCUGGAGAUCAGAAUCUGUUCACCUCUAUUUAUCCAACACUUUCCCAGCAGCUUCCAAGAGAACCAAUGGAAUGGAGAAGGUCCUAUGGCCGGGCUCCAAAGAUGAUUCACCUGGAAUCCAACUUUGUUCAGUUCAAAGAGGAGCUGCUGCCCAAAGAAGGAAACAAAGCCCUGCUCACGUUCCCCUUCCUUCACAUCUACUGGACAGAGUGCUGUGAUACUGAAGUAUACAAAGCCACAGUAAAAGAUGACCUCACCAAGUGGCAGAAUGUUCUCAAAGCUCAUAGUUCUGUGGACUGGUUAGUAGUGGUGGUUGAAAAUGAUGCCAAGAAAAAAAACAAAACCAACAUCCUUCCCCGAACUUCUAUUGUGGACAAAAUAAGAAAUGACUUUUGUAAUAAACAGAGUGACAGGUGUGUUGUGCUCUCUGACCCCUUGAAGGACUCUUCUCGAACUCAGGAAUCCUGGAAUGCCUUCCUGACCAAACUCAGGACACUGCUGCUCAUGUCUUUCACCAAAAACCUUGGCAAGUUUGAGGAUGACAUGCGGACCUUGAGGGAGAAGAGGACGGAGCCAGGCUGGAGCUUCUGUGAAUACUUCAUGGUUCAGGAGGAACUUGCCUUUGUCUUUGAGAUGCUGCAGCAGUUCGAAGACGCUCUGGUGCAGUACGACGAGCUGGAUGCCCUGUUCUCACAGUAUGUUGUCAACUUCGGCGCUGGGGAUGGUGCCAACUGGCUGACUUUUUUCUGCCAGCCGGUGAAGAGCUGGAAUGGAUUGGUACUCCGCAAACCCAUAGACAUGGAGAAGCGGGAGCUGAUCCAGAAGCAAGAAGCCACGCUGCUGGACCUGCGAAGCUACCUGUUCUCACGCCAGUGCACCCUGCUGCUCUUCCUGCAGCGGCCCUGGGAGGUGGCUCAGCGGGCACUGGAGCUGCUGCACAGCUGCGUGCAGGAGCUGAAGCUCUUGGAAGUCUCCGUCCCUCCUGGUGCUCUGGACUGCUGGGUGUUUCUGAGCUGUCUGGAGGUGUUGCAGAGGAUAGAAGGUUGCUGUGAUCGGGCGCAGAUAGACUCUAACAUCGCCCACAUGGUGGGACUGUGGAGCUACGCCACAGAAAAGCUAAAGUCCUUAGGGUACCUGUGUGGACUUGCAUCAGAAAAAGGCCCCAACUCAGAAGAUCUCAACAGGACCGUUGAUCUUUUGGCAGGUUUGGGAGCUGAGCGACCUGAAACAGCCAACACAGCUCAGAGUCCUUAUAAGAAACUCCAGGAAGCUCUGUCAUCGGUGGAAGCCUUUGAAAAGCACUACUUGGACUUGUCCCACGCCACUAUUGAGAUGUACACGAGUAUUGGGAGAAUUCGAUCUGCCAAGCUGGUUGGGAAAGACCUGGCAGAAUUUUACAUGAGGAAGAGGUCGCCACAGAAGGCGGAAGUGUAUCUUCAGGGAGCUUUGAAAAAUUACCUGGCUGAGGGCUGGGCCCUGCCCGUCACACAUACCAGGAAGCAGCUUGCAGAGUGCCAAAAACAUCUUGGGCAAGUUGAAAACUACCUGCAGACCAGCAGCCUUCUGGCUAGUGACCGUCACCUGACGGAGGAGGAGCGGAAGUACUUCUGCCGGGAGAUCCUCAGCUUUGCCAGCCAACAAGAGGACAACCCAGGUCACAAGGUCGUGCUGCCCAUGCACUCAUUUGCACGGCUGAAGGAUCUCCAUUUUGACCCUCCCAACGCUGUGGUCCACGCGGGUGGCAUUCUGACUGUGGAGAUAACGGUAUGCAGCCAGAUGCCCAUCCCUGUCUGUGUGGACCAGAUUACUAUCAACAUCCACUUCAGCAUUGAGAAGAACAACUACCGGAAGACAGCUGAGUGGCUGACCAAGCACAAGAUGUCUGAUGGGAUCAUUACCUUCCCGGCUGAGGCCUCCCUGUUCCCUGCAUCUCAGAAUACCCUGCCUGCCCUGGAGUUGUCGGAGAUGCUGGAGAGGAGCCCCUCUGGUACCUCUUUGAACACCACAGGCAUCAUUUGCAGGAAUGUCCACAUGCUCCUGAGGAGGCAGGAGAGUGGCUCCUCUCUAGAGACGCCCUCAGGGGUGACCCUUGAGGACGGAGCCCAUGUGCUGAGGUGCAACAGUGUGACUCUGCAGCCAGGAGCCAACAAGAUAGCAUUCAGAACCCAGGCCAAGGAACCUGGAACAUACACGCUACGGCAGCUACGGGCCUCAGUGGGUCCCGUGUGGUUCAUCCUUGCACACAUCCACCCCAUCGUGCAGUAUGACGUGUACUCUCAGGAGCCCCAGCUGCAUGUGGAGCCGUUGGCUGAUAGCCUUUUGGCUGGCAUUCCUCAGAAAGUCAAGUUUACUGUCACUACUGGCCAUUAUACAGUAAAAAACGGGGACAGCCUCCAGCUCAGCAACGUGGAAGCCAUGCUCAUCUUGUGUGGUGCAGAGAAUAGAGCCAUGAUCUAUUCUAACUCAAGAGAGGAGAGCUCCACCGCCCUGCUCCGGAUCCAGUCCUCUGACAAGGUCACAAGCAUCAGUCUGCCUGCCGCGCCUUCAUACCACGUGAUUGAGUUUGAACUGGAGGUUCUGUCUUUGCCAACAGCUCCAACAGCUGUGGAGGGGAACAGUACUCUGGGGACGCCAGAGCCCCACAGGAAACAGAAGGAUACACAGAGAGCUGGCCCCUGCAUGGUCACCACAGAUCACAAGGUGUCCAUCGACUGCCCGUGGUCAAUCUACUCCACUGUCGUUGCCCUGACAUUCAGUGUGCCCUUCCGGACCACGCACUCCCUCCUCUCUGCUGGAACCCGGAAAUAUGUGCAAGUUUGUGUCCAGAACCUGUCAGAACUGGACUUUCAACUCUCAGAUAGUAAUCUGGAAGACAUGGGCCAUGCUGCUGACCUGCGACUGAUACCCCUGAACACACAGUCCCAGCAGAAUAUCCACAGUAAGCAGUCCGUGUUCUUCGUCUGGGAGCUGACGUGGAGCCAGGAGCCUCCCCCUCCCCUGCACUGCCGGUUCUCUGUGGGCUUUUCCCCAGCUUCUGAAGAGCAGCUGGCCAUCUCCUUGAAGCCCUACACUUACGAAUUUCAAGUGGAGAAUUUUUUUACACUGUACACUGUGAGAGCCGAGAUCCUCCCUGCCUCCGGAGCCGGGUACUGUAGGACAGGUUCACUCUGCCCCUUGGAGGUAUCCAUCACGCGGCUUGCCGGCCUCCUGGAGGUGGACAAGGACGAAGCACUUGUGGAGUCAGACGAGUAUUUUUCCACAAAGCUUAUGUACGAAGUCGUGGACAACAGCAGCAACUGGGCCGUGUGUGGGAAGAGCUGUGGUGUCAUCUCCAUGCCUGUGGCUGCCCAGGCCACCCACAGAGUCCACAUGGAAGUGAUGCCUCUCUUUGCGGGUUACCUGCCCCUGCCUGACGUCCGACUGUUUAAGUACCUCCCCCAUCACUCUGCACAUGCCUCACAGCUGGAUGCUGACAGCUGGAUAGAAAACGACAGCCUGUCCGUGGACAAGCACCUGGACGACCAGCUGGACUGCAGCAGCCUGAGGAGCAGAGGCAGCAUGCACUCAGCCUCCAGCAGCGAGCACAAAGGCUUGCCCAUGCCCCGGCUCCAGGCACUGCCCGCCGGCCAGGUCUUCAACUCUAGCACUGGCAUGCAGAUCCUGGUCAUUCCCAGCCAAGAUGACCACGUCCUGGAAAUCAGUGUCACCUGACCACACCGUGGGCAGCAAAGCCACAGAGUGGCCGGGAGUGCACUUUAGGGAUUGUGACUGGCUUGUGGUCUGUGGUAACGUGAUAGCCCUAACCAGACUUUGGUGGUCCUGCCUGGCUCCCAGCUCAGCAGAGAACAGUGUCCUUCAGCUGCUCGGUGGGUUAGAGCGCCACCUCAUGUCGUCUAUGACACAGAUUUUUAUUUUCUCAUCCCUGUCCCUGUGCUGGUGUCCCCAGCUCACCAUGCCGCCCCUCCCCCAGCUCAUCUUUGACCUCCUUGACCUCCACCCACAGCCUCCCCCACUGCUGGCUGCUUGUCCUUCAGGUGGACCUCCCUCAGUUGGUCUUCUUAUGGCACCGUGUGCUCUUCUGGUCACAUACUGCCCAAUUCCUGGACCUGGAGGACUUGUGGAUCUCCUGAGGGGUGAAACACUGUCCUACACUCCAGACCCCUAGUUAUGGUUUUAUAGUAACACCUUUUGGGGCCGGUGGGUAGGGUGGGGUUGAGGGAACAUAACCCCUUCUGUGCCUUGGGAUGCCUGGCAGACCACAAAAUCCAUCCACGUGAAAGGUACUGGAGAGUGAUCUGACCAGGGCAUGUGGUAACGUGGCAUGGAGAUGGUUGAGGAAUAAAUGUUCUGGAUCCUUGAUUCCCCUAAUGUUGAUUGAAUAUCACAUGCACUUGGAAUUAAAUAUAUAUUUAUUUUAAUUGUCAUAUGUGGGGGUGAUACGUUUUCUCUCACUUUAAAGUCCGCUCCUGUAUUGUAGCUGUACAAUUGACAUCUUUUGCACCUUAAGUCUUGGAAGUGAAGACACUCCAUCUCAAGUGAAGAUGAGAGGGUCCCCUGGACUGCUCCAGUCGGGUCGCAGGGAAGGACUCAGGGCUUGGAGGAACCUCUGCUGGUCCACAGUUGCAGUCAUACCAUACCAACGGGUUCAUUUACUUUCAGUUGUAAAUUUAAUUGUACAUAUGGUUGAUUUAUUAUUUUUAAGAGUACAGACUGAUGUAAUGUUUAUGUAUAAGUUGCACCAAAAAUCAAAGACAAAAUAAAUGUGUGUUUGUUUUUAUUGGUGUGGAGGUCCCAGCUUGUAAAUACAUGCUGAGUGUAUUACAUGUCUUCAGCUCUACAAAAGUGAUGCAUUUUUGUACAUAUGAAAUAGAAUGUUCUGGAUUGAUGGCAUGGCUUUCUGGAGUGGAACCUGAGAUGCAGAGCCCUCUUAAGUUGUGUCCAGCCAUCAGGACCAAGCUCUACAGGCUGGACACAGGGAGUCUGCAGGGGCAGAAGCCAGGAGAACCAAGUGGCCAUUCUCGGCAUUCAGUGUCAUUUGGAGAAUAAAGGACAGUGUGAUUUU